GCCAUAACAAUUCCAAAGGAUAACAGGCUUCAGAAAAUUGAAUUCAAAGCCUGCUUUUGUGAGGAUGAAGAAAACCAGUGUCCAGUUGAAUUUGUCAAAAACGGUCCUCUUGGUGAUUUGAUUCGUGAAAUUCGACGUGUCCUCAAAAUAAUGAACACUGAUAAGGUUUAUGGAUACUUCAGACGUGAUGGAGAUGAAGAGAAGAAUUUAGAUCUCAGCCCAAAGCUCAUUCAAACGCCAGUAGACAAAAUUGGUAUCACAAAGGACACACUUAUUCUCGUGGACAUUACUGGCAUUGUGAAUAGUAAGCUGAGUGCUAAGAAAAGCGUUCCACUUGCACCACCAACUGGAAAGAAAUAG